CCUCCUCCUCCUCCCUGCCUGCUGUGCACAGAACCAGCCCCUCAGAGCAGAGGCUCGGCGGCGGGCGAGGACAAGCGGGGACAUCCCACGGGACAGCAGAACAUCCCUUGUCAGGCCAUGGCAGCCCAGCCAGUCGGGGGGCAGAAGCCCCAGAAGCCCUUCCACGUCGUUACACCCGUCCUGGAGAGCCUGUCCCUCUCCAAGGCCGUGGGAACCAAGGUCUUCAUGAAGAUGGAGAACGUCCAGCCCUCGGGAUCCUUCAAGAUCCGGGGCAUCGGGCACCUGUGCCAGGAUGCUGCCAGGAAGGGCUGCCGGCGCUUCGUCUGCUCCUCAGGAGGGAACGCGGGGCUGGCAGCAGCGUUCGCGGCCCGGGAGCUGGCCCUGCCCAUCACCGUGGUGGUGCCCAGCAGCAGCGGCCCCACCCCCGUGCGCAAACUGCAGGAACUGGGGGCCACCGUCGAGGUCUACGGCAAGGUGUGGGAUGAUGCCAACAGCAGAGCCCAGGAGCUGGCUAAGACAGAGGGCUGGGUCAUCAUCCCUCCCUUCGACCACCCCUUGGUGUGGGAGGGCCACGCCAGCCUGGUCCGGGAGCUGAAGGACUCUCUGGAGGCCAAACCCGGGGCCAUCGUGGUGGCGGUGGGUGGCGGGGGGCUGCUGGCCGGGGUGGUGGCCGGCCUGCAGCAGGUGGGCUGGCAGGAUGUCCCCAUCAUCGCCGCCGAGACGCUGGGCGCUCACAGCUUCCACGAGGCGCUCAAAGCCGGCCGGCUCGUCACCCUGCCCGACAUCACCAGCGUGGCCACCUGCCUGGGAGCCAAGACGGUGGCGGCGCGGGCGCUGCAGUGUGCCCGGGAGUGCCAGGUGAUCUCGCAGGUGGUGCAGGACGAGGAGGCCGUGCGGGCUGUGCAGCAGUUCCUGGAUGACGAGCGGGUGCUGGUGGAGCCGGCGUGCGGGGCCCCCCUGGCCGUGCUGUACUCGGGGCGGCUGCAGCGGCUGCAGAGCGAGGGGCGGCUGCCGAGCCCGCUGCGCUCCGUGCUGCUCGUGGUGUGCGGCGGCAGCAACAUCCACACGGCCCAGCUGCGGGCCCUCCAGAGCCAGCUGGGGCUGCAGUGACACCGGGCACGGCUGUGGCAGAGCCCGCCCGGCAGCUCUGCUCGCUUUCCUUCACAAAGAACCGGAAUAAAGCCUGGGGAUGGGGGGGCUCCCAUCACGCAGCUUUUUGCAGCACAC